ACCACAUCACCAACCUGCCAGCAACCAACUCAGCAGCAGUCAAGUUUACGUUCCUCUCGAAUUGAUAGUCCAUGAUCUAGCCAUAGAUUCAAAAAGGUUGCAAAGCUUCCCGAAGCUCUGAAGGCGGCUGGGCUAUAGGCUUCCAAAAUGCCAAAGGUCCUCAAUUACACCCCAGCUUGGCUUUCCAAGCCAAAUCCUGGCCAUGAGAUCUUUGUUCCCUCAGCCAAACAAUCAGAUUCCUCGUCUCUUCUGGUGGGUUCAAAUGGCAAGAGAAAUGCAAAGCCUGGUCCUCGUCGAACGAUUGCGCAGAGGGGAACGGAGGUGUUUAUUGCCGUUGGAAAGGAGAUUCGAUGGGCCGAUCUUGUUUACUUGAAGGAAGCGUGGGAGGACAAGCAGCAAAGAGAGAAAAGUUCUGGGAAGGGAAAGGAUACGGAUAGUCAGUAUGGAGACAAUCAUGCCCAGGGCUAUCGGACUAUCAAAACUACGGUUGCGGACGAUAUACGACAGUUGAUAAUCUCUCCGAACGCCAACUAUCUUGCGAUCCUCACUACACAUACUGUUCAUAUUGCCAUCUUGCCUGAACCGUCACAUCUCACAGCUCCUGAUACGGGGCCAAUGAAAUUGAAGACAUAUACCUUGGGCCCGACGACUCAUGUAACAUCACAAUCCGGGAUAGUUUCUGCCCUCUGGCAUCCUCUUGGGGUAAAUGGCACAUGCUUGGUAACAGUGACAGAAGAUGCUGUAGUGCGAGUAUGGGAGUUAUCUACAGCGGACCGUUGGUCUUUUGAUCGACCAACACUUGCUAUCGAUCUCAAGAAGUUAGCCGACGGAACUUCUGCGGAUCAAGAUUUUGGAGCUUCAGGAUCUGGUAUGAACAAAGGAUUUUCUCCGGACUCCUUCGAGAUGGAGGUUGCAUCUGCAUGUUUCCCUGCCAGAGGGUCUGGAGGAUGGUCUCCAAUGACACUAUGGAUCGCUAUGAGAGAAGGAGAUGUGUAUGCGCUGUGUCCCCUAUUACCCGAGAAAUUUUCUCCGCCUCCAACACUGAUACCCUCGCUAUCUGUUUCAAUUGUUGCAAAGAUUGCGACGAUUGAAGAUGAUCCAGAGGUAUCGCAGAAAAGCAAACUUCUAGCUCAACAACAGCUAGCAUGGAUGUCUGAUAUCGACAUGCAAGAACCAGUGUAUAUUGAGGCUUCACUCGGCGAACCAGCUGCGGAAGUUUACAAUAGACCAAGCAAGCCUGGCCGUAUACCAAAACUUCAAGGCCCUUUCGAUUUUGAUCUAGCUCCUGAGGAAUCUGAAGAUGAGCUCGAUAGUCUGCUCAGCGAUAUUUAUGUCAUUGGCCCCAAAGUUGAUGGGGAUGAGUUGAUGCUAGGAGAAGAGGACGAACUCGAAUUGGACGAUGGUGAUAAUGAUGCAGGACUGUCCAUGGGUAUAGUUUGCCUCUCCGCGAGUAGUGGUCGAGUUUCUAUUUGCUUGGACCUGGAUGGAGUCGAAGCACAAUGGUUGCCAAGAUCAAAGUCUAAGACUUCGCGAUUCAUUGAGGAUGAGGAUCCUCCGUCCUUAUUGACGUUUCAAGUUCUCGACACACUACGCGACGGGGAGGUGUGGGAUGGCAAUUGGCCCAUGUUCAGUCUAGACUAUGACUCUCGGUAUUCCUUCUACAUUACCGAUACUUCAAGCAUCACCUUCAUGUCGCUCACACCUUGGGUAUUUCGCCUAGAGAGUGAGUUAACAGAAGGUACAGCCGGUACUGAUUUCAGAGUUGAACUCCUUGCCAAGGGACAAAACACAAUUCGCGAGCGAAUUUACACCCAGAAAGCAGAUGAUCGAUCAAGUCCACUGGCCGCAAGUACCUUAAUUCGCGACCCUGAUCUUGGAUGCUUUCUCCUUACUGCAACUCCACACGGUCCAAUCUCUGUGUCCUUCGAGGCGCCAGAUUUUGAAUACGACCUUAUCCGUCGAUCCCGAUCGCCAACUUACGAUUCAGAGCCUGACAAACCUCUGACUUUGUAUGAGCCCAGACCAGUGUAUCAACCAGCCCACAGUUUCGAGGAAAGUUCUGCUCUGCCAUCUCUGCUGGAGAAGUUAAGGCAUAGCAAAUACAAAAGGCUACUAAAGGAGGAGGUUCGAUUAUCACCAGCCACCCUUACGAUUAUGACGGAUGCCCAUAAAGUCCUCAGUGAGGAGACCCAUCGCAUUGGAACGGCCGCAGCAGAACUUUUCAGACGAUGUGAACGCUUACAGAUCGAAUUACGGAAUCAGAUUCAGAAGGCAAAUGAUGUCGCAAAUCGAGUGGAAGCCAUCACUGGCACAGACUUUGAUGACGAGGAGCCAGCUAUGACAAAUAAUGAAGUUCUGGAGCAACGCAUCCAAGCAGCGAAGGAUAACCAAAAGAAGAUCACGGAAAGAAUAGAAAGGUUGAAGAAACUGCAAUCGAAAGGAACGAACCGGGAAUUGAGUGACAAGGAAAAAGCGUGGAUAGAUGAGGUUGCUCUAGUAGAGAGCAAGAUCACUGAUAAAGGGGAAGAUGCUCCAGAGGGUAAUGGGAAAGAACCGUGGAGUCGAUAUGCCGAGGUCAUGUCGUUGAAGGAAGAUCUGUUGGAGCAGGCCAAGGAAUUAGCUGUGGCGGAGGAGCCAGUCGCUUCUCCCAAUCUGAAGAUACCGUCUGAGAUCCGGAAGGCGAAGAUAGCUCAGGUCAUGAGUUUGUUAGAUCGUGAAACAGCGUUGGUGGAGGGAGCGAGAAGUCGACUGGAGAGAUUGAGCAUGGCGUAGAUACCUCUUCAAAUGUAUUGGUCUGGAUAGCGUCACAGUCAAUAAUCAUGUAUAAGUAUUAUGUAGGGCGUUCGCAAUAUCGAAAUUCGAGGAUUGGGUAUCAAUAUGCCCGAAUCACAAGGCU